AUGGAAGAACCCUUGACAACCCUCAAUCUCAUCGAUAAGAUAUCCGGUGAAUGUUGCCCAUCAUAUGCUAGUGGUAGCAGUAAUAUGGAUCCAUUGGAACACCGCCGACUACUUUGCCUUGCAGCUUCUACUUUCACUUUAGAUCAAUCUUGGUGGAAGCCACUGGCCUCCACCACAAAGAAGAGAAAAGGAAAAGAACUAGUACCGGCAGAGGAAGAGUCAGCAGCACCUAACAAACAUCCCAAACGUCGAAAACUAGCAGUGAGAGACCAUCAGAAUCACAGAGAGCAGAAGAAAAGGAAGUGCUUGGUAAUAAAAGAUAAUGACAACGAGAGCUGUCUUGGUCUUACUUUGGGGGUUUCUGCAGCGUCAACCACCCGGCCGGCUCAUGAUGAUCAGUUGAAGGAGUUGAGGGAAAACCGAGUAGCUGAACAUGCCGAUGACGACAAAAGCCUUCUUAGACUUACUGUUGAGACUAGUGAUGCUCAACAUUGUCAUGAUCAAAGGCCGGUGGUCCGGCGCAGUGAUCCGGUCAUGUUCAACAUCAAGAAGAAGUUAACGAUGAGCGACAUCGGUAACCUCUGCAGGCUGUUGGUGCCAAAAGAGAUGGUGCAAAGCCAUAUUCUGCCUUAUUUGGAUGAAGACAUGGUACACAGGACGACGACUGAGGCGGGUCUGGAAGUUACUGUGUUCGAUGAAGAUCGUCAAAGGGAGUAUGAGUUGACAUUAAAGUACAUGAAUUCGAUGAGGUCAUAUGUUUUGAAUAAGAACUGGGCGCAUGACUUUGUGAAGUUGUUAAAGCUCCACAAGGAUGAUGAGGUCGGACUUUACUUGGAUGGUACGACUCCAUCUCCCAAACCCAAGUUCCACUUUUCAGUACUCUUGAAAACACCCUCAGCUGAUGAUAAAGCUCCAGCUCUUCAACAAGAAUAG